AAAAAAGAGGAUGAAAUCUGUAUAUUAAGACAUGUUAAAUAGAGCAUAUAAUACUCUAUUCCAUCCAUCAGUGUAAUGGUUUAGAAUUCUGACUCCAGUGAGUUAAAAUAUAAAUAUUUUAGGGUUAUAAUAUUUUCAGAUACCCUGCACCAGCUUCAGAGAAAAUAAAUCAUAUUGAACACGAUUUCAAAACUCCUUAUCGUGACUCAAAAUACUAUGUAAGACAUGAUGAACCUGUAAUUGAUAGAGUAGCAAAAGUAACAUUCAGUGAUCCUUUGAAUGAAACUUCAACAGAAAAGUAAUUAAUAAUAAUUAAGAAUCUUUUAGAUUAGUAAGAUUAAAAUUACUAACAAAAGACUAAAUUAACAAUUCUGAAGCUGUAUAAACUGCAACUUAACAAUAUGAAUAAAAAUAUGGAUUGCCUUUAUCUUAAAAAGGUAAGAUAUAAAAAAAUAAAUAAUUAGUAUAUUCUAAUCAAGUUGGAGGUGGAGAUGCUCUAUAAGACUUUUUUUAAGGUGAAGAUAUUAGAGAAGUAAUGGCUAGCUUUGUAAGAGAAUAAUGGGAAGAAGUGAAUGAAAAUGCUCUCCAAGAUUUAAAUUGUACUAAUUUAGAUGAUGAUUAUCAUCCAAACUUAAAUGAAAAGGUUGGAUUUAAUCUUUAAGAAAAUGAUCCAGUUUUUAGAUAACUAAUUGUUGAUCUACACACUUUAGUUAAAAAUAUUGGAGUAAUUUAAUUGUUUUCAAUUUUAUUAUAGGAAAAAACAAAAUAAGAAGGUCAUCUAACAUUUUUCAGAGGAGAUCCAAACUAUUGGCAUGUAUUAGAUAAUAGUUUCCCUGUUGAAUCUAUUAGAUUGAUAUAAAAUACUUUGGGUGAUGAAGUCUCCUAAUUAGGUAUAACAUUUAUAAAUACAAUAUUUUUAAUUUAGAUCCAAAAGCCUUAUCAAAAUAACAUAACAGAGAAGAUUAUCAUAUUGAACAAAAAGUUUAAGUUCCCAUAGAAAAUAAAUAUUAUUAAUGAAAUCAUAAAAUAAAAAAAAUAUUAUAUUAUUCCGUAU